ACAACAGCGAAACACGACGUAAACAACCCGGGACGGUCGCAUCGGCGGGUUGCCAUGGUGAAGUGCGUCGUCUCUGGCUGCCAGAGCCGCGUGACGAACGUUCCGCGCGGGAUCUUCAACCGGCCGCCGAAGAGGUUCUUCAACUUCCCAGAAGACACCGCGCGGGUCAAGGUCUGGCUGGCGGCCCUGAGGGAGACCCAGAAGCAGGACUCCACAGACCAGCACCUGAUCUGCGAGGACCACUUCCUGCCGGAGGACAUCUCGGCCUCCGGGGUCAACGGGGACGCCAUUCCCAUCAUGCCCCCGUACCUGGACGGGCCCAUGGGCCGGGUCAGCCCCUGGGGGGCGGAGUCCUCCUCCUCCGAGGAGGAGGAGGAGGAGGGGGAGGCGGCUCACUGGGCCCCCUGCGGCGGCGAGGAAGACGAGGAAGACGAAGACGCUCCGGUUAAAGUGGAGCCACCAGAACCUCCAGAACACAGGGAUCCAGGCGCCAAGAAGACCUCCGAGACCAAAACCCCCAGCCUCAGUCCGCCCCAGAAGAGGAUCCACAACAAGAGAACUGGUUGGUGCUUCAUUUCAACUGAGAAAUAUAAAUAUAAGUCUAAUGUUGACGGAGGAGAUGGAGAUGUGUCUCUGGGGGUUCUGACGCGGCGCUUCCUGGAGCUGCUGGCGGCGUCUCCGGACGGCUCGGUGGACCUACGGCACGUGGCCACGGUCCUGCAGACGCGGCGCCGCCGGGUCUAUGACAUCACCAACGUGCUGGAGGGAAUCAGCCUCAUGGAGAAGGAGUCGACCAACAAGUUCAAGUGGAUAGGAAGCUGUCGGAUCUCCGGCUUCCUGCGGAUCAACCAGCAGAAGUUCCAGAGGGAGCUGGAGAACCUGAAGCUGGUGGAGGAGACGCUGGACUCGCUCAUCAAGAGCUGCGCCCAGCAGCUGUUCGACAUGACGGACGACGCCCACAACGCCAGGUCGGCCUACGUCACCGCCGAGGACGUCGGCCGGCUCGCCGCCUUCCGGGAGCAGACGGUGCUCGUGGUCAAAGCGCCGGAGGAAACCAAGUUGGAGGUUCCUGCGCCCAAAGAGGACAGCAUCCAGGUGCACCUGAAGGGGGGGAGGGGCCCCAUCACGGUUCUGACCUAUGACAUCGUGGCUGAAGGAGACCCUGAGAAGAAGAAGAGCUUCUUAACGCUGGAGGAGAGCCGGAUAGCGACCGCCGUGCUGCUCACAGGGUCCAGCAGUCCGCAGAGCGCGUAGCCGCCAGACGGCCACCAGGAGGCGCCGGCUGUCCUCUCCAGGAGCCUGAACGCCUCGUCUCCGUGGUAACGGGAGGCGUCCAGGCUGUCUGUCACCUGACUCAGCCAGAAUGUUUAAAUCAUGAAUCGACUCCCAACACCUGAGGAUCCAUUUCAGUGUCUUUUGACUGAAUAGGAGGAAGAGGAGGAGGAGGAGGAAGAAGAGUUUGACCCGGGACCUGUCUUUGUGUUGUGAUGUUUUGGAGGGGAGGAGCUUAGUGACUCUGUCUCACUCUUUAUUUUACUUUCUUUGUGUUUUUUGUAUCAGUUUAAAGGAGAAAAGAUUCUUGAAUCAAUAAAACUAUUGAGAGAG